CAGCAAUACAAUGUCAUUCAGGCACUUGAAUCAAUUUUGUAAUUAUUUCUUUCAUUUACCUACAUUUAAGUUUCGUAAUCAAUUAAAGUCCGUUAUUUAGUAGCAUAGCUUAAUUUUCAAAUAUGUGAUUCACUGAAAAUCAUUAAAUCAAUCAUUUCAAAUUCUUAACUACAAGCUUUGUUAGAUCAAUAUUUCGUAUCACUCUUGACGAUACGUUUACUUCGGAAACAAUCUAAAAUGGCAAGUCCAAAUCAAGAAACAGAUUCAGCUUCAAUGUUCAUGCAAAAAGGAGAUGGCAAAAGAAAGAGUCCAACGCGAUCGGAGCCAUCUUCUAGGAAGAACUCAAAAACCAACCUACCCGCAGAAAUUAUUACGGUCAAAGACUUCUUUGACUUCAUGAAAACGGCAUAUCAAGUGUACGAGCAUUUAGAAGGCGACGAAGACGAAGGUUCGAAGAUAAAUUGGGAAGAGUUGACGAAAUUAACUGUUAUCAAUCAUGUAAUAGAACAGCAGGAGAGGGAUCUUCUGUACCAAACUGCGUUCACUCAGCAAAAGCCUAUCACUAGUAAGAGUGACACGGCGAUAGAGAAGAAAAAUAAUGAAAUCGAGCGCAUUGAAAAGCGCUCAAGUUGCAGUGAAAUUGAAGGUAAGGGUCGUCGUCGAUCUCUACCCCCAGAAGCUCGAGUGGAAAUGCUUGGGGUUUGGACUGAAGCUAAUUUGAAUUGCAAAUUAAAUGAUGUAAUAAAUGAAGGUAUUCUGGAUUCUAUUCUUCCCUACCUGGUUGGAUAUAAGAAACCAUCAAAAACAACGAGCGUCUACACGCCUAUAAUCAAAAAGGUGCCGUCUGGUCCAGUAGCUGAGAUCAAAAAGCCUGCUAGUUUUGGAGGUUUCGUAAAUGAAAAGGAAUCUAGAGAUAGAUUGGGAAGACGCAAGUCGUCGGUGAUCGCAGCUCAAGACAGAGGCAACCAAAAACAAGAUGGCGAUGUAGAAAUCCACGUAUGCGAUGAAGUGAAAGGCCUGAAGAAAGACUUCAGGUGCCCACAGAAGCUAUUGGUUUCUAAGAUGGGGUAUUUUGCUGACGUCACGGCCGGUCAGCGACUUGAAGACAUGGAUAUUUCUGUACAUUGCGACAUUCAGAUCUUCGACUGGCUGAUGCGCUGGGUGAAGCGCGACACGAUCCUGGUGGCGGACUGGCCACUGCUCGACCCUCACAACGUGGUCCCCAUACUCGUCUCGGCCUCCUUCUUGCAGAUGGAGCCACUGCUGCAUGACUGCUUGAUCUACUGCCACGCGCACCUCAACGACAUCGUCAAGACUUCCACCAACCUCGCGUGCCUCAGCGACGCUUUGCUGACCAGACUAGCAGCGAUGUACACGAACGCAGAGCUGGAAUGCGUGCGCGACCGCAAGGACAAGAUCCAGUCGCGGCUGUACUGCAAGCUCAUCCUGUCGCUGGCCGAGCCCGUGCCGGAAACGUUACGUGGUCACUACGCUACACUGGCCACGCUGUUCAAGUGCAGCAAAUGCAACAAACUGCUAGGGCGCCACAUUGCGGAGCAAGUCCCGUGCCAGCCCUCUAGCAUGAGGAUCGACCGGCGUGGGAACGUCAUCUCCACUCACACCAAAGACCCGACGUGGAGCCUGAACGAGUACAUCACGUGGCUGUACGGCGAGCUGCGCUCGUGGCGCCGCGUGUACUGGCGCCUGUGGGCCGACUGCCACUUCCUGCGCUGCCAGCUGUGCGACAGCUUCUUCCCGGCUUACCAGAUGGAGUGGUGCUCGCACCACGAGCAGGGCCCGCACAUGUUCGCGCUGGAGGGCCGCGCGCCGCUGCCCACCGGCCGCUACCCGUGCUGCGGCGAGCGCGCCUACCGCUUCGAGACCGUCACCAGGAACACUGGCUGCCAGUUUCGCGAGCACGCGCCGGACGAGCGGCUGGCCACCGACGCGGUGGUGAUGGAGAUCUACGGCAAGUUCCGCGACAUCAUCGCCAUGCGCCCGCCGCAGCUCAUGUUCCCCGAGCGGCUCACCAGGCUCGUCGGUAGGGAGCCGGGCGAGGAGGCCGGCGGUCGCCUGCAGUGCAAGGAGGUGUUCUGGUGGGAGGGCAUCCAGCUGGCGCCGCCGCGCGCGCCGCUCGGGCUGCUCGGCAAGCUUUACACCAGCAACAACAAGUUCAACCCUUGCGCGAGACCAGGCUCCCCCACGCUUGGGGCGGCCCGCGCGCCCUCCCAGGCCCAUUCCCUGGCCUGCAACUGCUCCAGCGCCACCACCGAGGCCAAAGACUCCAAGACCUUCAAGCCCAAGGAGGCUAAGGAGGAAUCCCCGCGACCGAAGAAAGGCGCCGUCUGCGAGGCGGGCGACGCCAGCGAGGAGCAGUCCAGCGAGUCGGACGCCAGCGAGCAGAGCUCGUGCAGCGCCCGCAGUGACGAAGACGCGCCGCGACGCGUCGCACCGCAUCAGCGACCGCAUAGCCACCCCACGAACAAAAGAGUCCGCGUGGUGGGCCGCGUGUGGGUGGCGUCGCUGUCGGCGCGCAGCAACCAGGACCAGCAGCGUCGCUUCGAGGAGCGUGCGGCGCGGCAGAUGCGGGCAGCACUCGCUCGCCGUGCAGCGCUUACACCCAGCAAGGCUAAAGCACCGGCAGGUGGCGUAUACGCGAAAUUGGAGGCAGAAUGGCGCGAGCGCCACGGCCAACGACCUCGCAACGCGGUCUCCGCGCGGCCGCGCCAACCGGCUAACAAAUACAAAUGAAAACUUUACCUACCCUACAAUUAGUCGAAACUUUCGCAAGCAUGCUCUCACUUUUUACCUACCCGCAAGAUUAGUAAUCACAAUGCAAGGUACUAUUUGUACAAAUGUAUGCAAGUUGUUUUGUAUAGUAACGUUGUUUUUUUGUAAAUUAAAUGUAG